GAAGGCAAACGCGAGCAGUAUCGCGAGAAGAACCGCCUAGCCGCGGCCAAGUGUCGAGCCAAGAAGAAGGAAAACGUCGAUGUCCUGGAGAAGCAGCAUCGUGAGCUCAACGCGCAGAAUACUGCCUUGAGAUUCCAAGAAAGACAGCUGCGUGACGAGCUAUCACACUUGCGCACCAUGGCAUUGCACCACACACCA